CAAAUGUGGCACUUCUUGAGAUCUGAGUGCGUGUACGUUUUUAGUUCAGUCGUGAAAAAGUCAUCGAAGGCGACCAAUUAAGUGUACAAACUAAUUAAAUAGUUAUGAUGUUUGGGAUGAAAACUGCUGGUUUAUUUGUUGUGCUCCUCGGGAUUGUAAAGUUUGGCGAUUGUAUUAGAUGCUACGAAUGCAGCGCCACAUUAGGACCCCACGACAACGACCCCUGUUAUUACGGGGAUGAGAGCAGAUUGAGACGUGUCCACUGCAUCGGACCAUCAGUCUGCGGCACCUAUCACUACGAAAAGCAUUAUCCGAAUUCACCAACGGAAUACCACGUGACGCGGGGCUGCCAAUCGAUCGGUUACGGGUCCACGUGCGAGGACAUCUUCAACAAUCUCCGAGCGCAGAACGCCAUCCUUCCAGGACAACAUUCCUGCACCACGUGCAGCAACGAUUACUGCAAUUCUUCGAUAGGCCUCAGGUCCGGCACCGUUUUCAUUUUCGCGUUGCUAUUUCAGUUUUGGAGGCUGUUGCGGUAUGAGUAAUCUGGUGUACGUAAAAACACUACCUUUUCCUCACAUCGUUAGCAAUUGUUGUUUACGUAACCCAGUUUCGGGUGUAAUUGGUGUUGCGUAAUUUCAUGUGUUCGUAGUUUUAUUAUUUUGAAUAAAAUUUUAUUACUUUAACGCUUUUACUUUAAUUAAUGUGCUGCGAAAUGUUUAGUUCUUUUAUGAAUAAAAAUGUUUAGGUUAUAUACGUACUUACAUAAAACAAAUUUGAACCAUAUUGAUACAUUUAUUAAAACAAACACUGCCGGGUCCACCCCCUCGUGAACCACAUAAAUUAGUCAAUUAAAAAAGUGCUAAUAAAUAGUGUGCACAUUAAUUUUAACGAGUGACAGAACCACAACCAAAUACUUUUUUGUCGGAUUAUUCCG